CUGGGACAGGGGUGUCCCCAGGACAGGACCCAGCGGCAGCAGCCCCGCGCCGGGGCUGACUCAGCCCGUCCCUGCAGCAUCACGUGAAGCCGGGGCAGCCCCCCCGUCCCCCCUCCCCGUCCCCUCGAUCCCUCCCCCUCCCCAUCCAGACCCGACGCCUGCCCAAAUUUUCCGGCUGCCUCCGAACUUCCUCAAUCGAUCCAGCGGGAUAAAAGCGCAGCAGCCCCGGCCCGGCACUCCCAGUGCUCCCAGUUCUCCCAGUGCUCCCACCGACGGCUCCAUGCUGGGUGCUCAGCUGGUCCCCAGGAUGUGGUGUCUGCUGGCCCUGCUGGUCCCCGUGGCCCUGGCCCAGUUGCACCCGGAGCCAGAACUGGACGCGCAGUGGGAGCUGUGGAAGAAAACCCACCGCAAGCAGUACAACGGCCAGGCAGACGAGGUGACACGGAGGCUGAUCUGGGAGAAGAACCUCAAGUACAUCAACACCCACAACCUGGAGCACACGCUGGGCGUCCACACCUUCGAGCUGGCCAUGAACCACCUGGGGGACAUGACCAGCGAGGAGGUGGUGAGGACGAUGACGGGGCUGAAGGUGCCCCGUGGCCACCAACGUCACAACGAGACUCUCUUUGUCCCCGACUGGACCGAGAGAGCCCCGGCUGCCAUGGACUGGCGCAAGAAGGGCUACGUCACCCCUGUCAAGAACCAGGGCCAGUGCGGCUCGUGCUGGGCGUUCAGCUCGGUGGGCGCCCUGGAGGGGCAGCUGAAGAGGAAGACGGGGAAACUGCUGUCCCUGAGCCCCCAGAACCUGGUGGACUGCGUGGCCAACAACGACGGCUGCGGCGGCGGGUACAUGACCAACGCCUUCGAGUACGUGCGGCAGAACCGCGGCAUCGACUCCGAGGACGCCUACCCCUACAUCGGCCAGGUGGGGUGGGGCGGGGGGACACGGGCCCCACACCUCCCUCCCUCCGCCCCCAUCACCCCCAUCUCACCCCCCCCUUCCCGGCAGGACGAGAGCUGCAUGUACAGCCCCACCGGGAAGGCGGCCAAGUGCCGCGGCUACCGCGAGAUCCCCCCAGGCAACGAGAAGGCCUUGAAGAGGGCGGUGGCCCGGAUCGGCCCCGUCUCCGUGGGCAUCGACGCCAGCCUGCCCUCCUUCCAGUUCUACAGCCGGGGGGUUUACUACGACGAGAACUGCAACGCGGAGAACAUCAACCACGCCGUGCUGGCCGUGGGCUACGGGGCACAGAAGGGCACCAAGCACUGGAUCAUCAAGAACAGCUGGGGCGAGGAGUGGGGCAACAAGGGCUACGUCCUCCUGGCCCGCAACAUGGACAACGCCUGCGGCGUGGCCAACCUGGCCAGCUUCCCCAAGAUGUGAUGCCCUGGCCCUUCCCUCCCCACUUCCCGGCCUUCCAGCUUGGCCUCUUCCCUCCCGGUCUCGAAGGACAGCGCUCCCGGGGGGAAUUCUGCGAC